AUGGAAUCAGUCCUCGGCCCGCCUCCAAAAUCAUUCUUAGGGGAGAGCAAAGCGGCCUUGAAGUACUGGAACUCUGAAGGAAAUUGGAAAGGCGUCCAGGCUACGGGAAUCAAGUCAGUGCCAUUGGAAGAUUGUGAGGAGUAUCUGGAAGGCAAGGAAUACGAUCUAUUUGGUGGGUUCUUCAGAAAAAUGUUGGUCUGGAACCCGAAGCAGAGAGCGACGGCAGGCGAAUUGUUGCAGCAUGAAUUUUUGGUUGUAUGAUAAUGGAAUUUUAGAUAUAUGAUCUCUUAAGAUAAGGCGGUUGAGGUCCAGCCUAGUCCAGCCUAGUCCAGGCACUCAAUGCACCAGACUACUACUUGCCAGUACACUCGCGAUCAUACACAAGAGGAUUACCGCAGCUCAGAGAUGCAUGCUCUUGCUGCACUGGCCACAAGCCACAACUCACAGCUUGCAAGCCUGCAUCGAGUAGCUCAAUCCCUCCAUUAUUUCCGCGGGCGGCACAGUAUGACUUAGUGGUUACGCAGAUAGGUCGAUCCGGCCACUUGAAAUUCACGUUGACGCCAAUCUAAGACUCAACGGCUGUGUUCACUGCUGCCUGCUAGGACGCAAUGGCACUGGAAAGUCUAGUAUGUCUCACUGCCCACGCUGUGCCGACUCUAUCUGAUUCAUGUUACGCCUAGCGCAAAAGUAGAUUUCGCCAAUAAUGUAAUAAGCUAUGCAAAUGGAAAUGCCGGUACCAGGAAGGAGGGAGUGGUGAUGACAGUUAAAAUGAUAACGCCAAGCUGUGCCAAAAGGAAAUGUGAAAUGGCGACUGCCAUAACCGCAACGUCCUGGUCCAUGGUCUGAGGGUCUCGCGAGUUUUGUUCGGGCUGCGUGUUGCAGAUGGGUGGAGUUGAGCUACAAAUCCACGCAAUGUCAGGGCAGCCGAUGCGAGCAACAUCCUCCCACGAGAUCGAAGAGAAUGCGAUGCCGCAGAGACUUGGAUCGGAAGACAUGCUCGAGUCGGUAGUUAUAGUAGACCGCGUGCAGGCUUUAUGUGUAGAGAGAGCGGCCUUGGGGACGGCGGAGAGGAGGCCAAAGGCAAAUGGAGCACACCGGUCACCGAAGCAGUGAAAGGGAGGUUUCUGCGCAGGCGAAAGAGAAACGUUAGCAAACUGACGUCAAAGUCCAAGUCAAUUAGCAUUUCCCCGCUGUGAUGAAGGACAGGAGCAUGAGCGGUAGGAAUUGGUACUUAAGAAGAGGCGAGAGACGCCGGUGGUUCAGCGUUGUGGGCCAUCAUCUGAGAUCUAAGUUAUGCCAUAGAUCGCCAGAUGGAAUGGGAGGAGCGCGAGCACGAGAUAACGAGAGGGCAGAAAAAAGUCGAGGAGAUGAGAGAUAUGAACGGACAUGGGAGGUAGAGGGUGAGGGGGAAGAUGUGAU